GUUGGAAUUUGCGAACUGGAAGUUUGGGAGUUUACGCGCUCGGGUCGUAUAGCGGCAAAGGCCGCUGGGAUGUAUCACGCUUACGAUUACUUCAGAUACAGUCCGGUGCAACUGCAUACGAGGAAAUAUAGAGUGACAGAAGCACAUAGAGCUUUAGAACUUCUAGAGGACUAUCAUUCAAAGCUCACAAAACCUCAAGACAAGCAACUGCGAUUAGCCAUUGAACGUGUCAUCAGGAUUUUUAAGUCGCGUCUAUUCCAGGCACUAUUAGAAUUUGGUAUGAAUAGCGAAGCUUCCAAAACGGUACAGAUAUCUUCCCAAAAUGUUACAGAGAUCUUCCAAAUCGUUACAGAAAUCUUCCAACUGUAA